UGUGGACUUGUUGGGCCGAAGGGCCUGUUUCCACACUGUAAUGUAAUCUAAUCUAAAGAUUAGAGUUUCUCUCGAACUAUGUUGAGUAGAGAACUCAUAGGUCAGUAACCAGGAGGGUGCACACCCUGGAAAGUCAAGCUACAUCUGGUUUGGAACAGUUGAAUUGCUUAGCUACAUCCAAAUCCGAACCAAUCAAAAUGUCUGAUUAAAUGGUCACCUGGUUCUAAUGGAGGUUAAUACUGGCAUGGGCUGUUUCACUGAUCACGGAACCAGACUUGAACAAAAACUCGUGCUGGACUCCAUCCAUAAAGUUUGCCCAAGACCUCAGCUAAACCGAGAACCUAUACUGGGGAACCUUCAGACAUUAAAGGUAUAACUUCAAUUCUAGUCUCUUAUAGAAGUACCACUGUAGUAAAAGGCUUGAGCCUAAUCUUGAUGGAUGAGAAAUUGGUUGAGAAAGAUUCACUUAGAUUGGCUCAACAUUUUUCAGUUAGAAAAUGGCUGUCUCAGUGAAGUCCUAAUUAAAUACCUGAAUGUUUUUUAAUGAGGUCUAGGGUCUAUCAAAGGGGCCAAGGCCACCUUUCAUGUUGACCAGGAAGCAGCAAGGCCUGCCGAGUACUAUUUGCCUAUGGGCAAAAGGAGAGGCAGAAAUCAGGAGGCUAGAAAGCAAAGGAAUCAUCAACACAAUCCAGUUUGCGGAAUGGGCAGCACCAGUUGAAGCGAUUUGUGAAGCCCAACAGGUCAGCACUACAAAUUCUCCACAAAUCCUGUGAGAUAGCGCGUAGGUACAAUUACUAUCCGUCAGGAAUUGCUUUGACUUGGACCAGUUACUACGAGAGUUGCAUUAACUCGGAUCAAAGUUGUAUUAAUGAAUGGAAUGCAAUGCAAGACUUGCAGUCCAUGCGAGCAGACUCACCGCCAAUGUUUGUCGAUAAACCAACAGAGAAUGAACUAACUGAACGAUUAAUAAAAAAUAAACUAAGAUAUAUAAUGAUGAGCAAAGACUUGGAAAAUGUCACAUCUAAAGAUAUUCGAAAUGAGUUGGAACAACAGAUGAACUGCACUUUGAAAGAGUAUAAAGGAUUUAUUGACAAUGAAAUGCUGAUCAUUUUAGGUCAAAUGGAUAAAGCUACCCUAAUAUUUGAUCAUCUUUAUCUGGGUUCAGAGUGGAAUGCUUCGAACUUGGAAGAACUUCAAAGCACAGGUGUUGGGUACAUCUUAAAUGUAACCAGAGAAGUAGAUAACUUCUUCCCAGGAUUGUUCUGCUAUCACAAUAUACGGGUGUUUGAUGAGGAUGCUACGGACCUAUUGGCAUAUUGGAAUGAUGCAUAUAACUUCAUAACAAAAGCCAAGAAAGAUCAUUCCAAGUGUCUGGUACAUUGCAAAAUGGGCAUUAGCCGGUCUGCAUCAACAGUCAUCGCAUAUGCAAUGAAAGAAUAUAGAUGGUCACUCGAGGAAGCCUACAAAUAUGUGAAGGAGAAACGGAGUGUUGCACAACCAAAUGCAGGGUUCAUGAGGCAGUUGGCAGAAUAUGAAGGCAUAUUAGAUGCUAGUAAACACCGACAUAAUAUCUUGUGGAGGCGCAACUCUGAGAGUGGCUUACAAGAGACUGUGAGGGAUCCAAUGUUGCAGAGCAGUAAAGCAUCUACUCCGCACGACUUGAACAGAUGUAAAGCAGUAAUUCAGCAUACAUGUGAGGAACAGAAAUAUAAUGAUGCUGAAACAUCUCUGAAUGUAGCAGUGACUAAUAAGGAUGAAAUUGAGCCAGUUAAUUUCAAUUACUACUUCAGGUGUUUGUCAGAGCCUGUUACAGACAGUGCCUACAACAGGCAGCAGAAAGAGCUAGAACAAUUGUCAGUUCAAGUUGACAAUGUAGAAAAGAAUGAAAUUCAGAUUGAUAAUGAAGAUUUCAGGUGCACGGAAGAUAGUGCCCAUGAUACCAGGAUGCUUGCAUCAUCUCAGCUUCAGGAUAGUUAUGACAAUAAAAGCAGACUGCUCGGCCAACAAGGAAAUACACUCAAAAUCUCAACAGCAGUGGAGGAGCCAGAAGAGGAAAAUGAAAACACAAUGAAUUUGGAUAUGCAUGAUCAAGGUGACCACUUCAUGGUAAAUGGACCUAAUACAGAAAAUGAUGCAGAGGCCAUUGCAAAUCUAAAGGGUAUGCUAGAGCCAGAUUCAACAUCAAGUGUUGAAAGUCAACUCAGUAAAGACAACGUGAAUAAUAACAACAACACCACAAGAAAUUAUUUGAAAGAGGAUGAAGAUCUAACUACGACUGAAACCUCCAACAGUAUCAAACCUAUUAAUAAAUUUGCUUUGGACUGCUCAGACUCAGUAAGUAACAUUAUGUGUGAGCGAUUUAUGGAUCGUUCUAAAAACUUGUAUCAGGUACAGAUAUGUAGUACCUGCAAUAAAGAAAGCCAAGGAACUAAGUCUAGUGGUUUGGGAUAUUUAUCAAGUGGAGCUUCAGAUGUUCAAAUGACUGAAGCUUUCUAUUCGGUUCCCAAUGAAACAGAAAUGACAGAAAAACCUGUUAAUAAAAUUGAUGCCAUUUACACAACUGAUACAAUACUUUUGCAUGAAACUGCAGAAACAGAUGUAGGUUUAAGAACAAACUGUGAAGAACAGCAUCGAAAAACCAUGGUGGCUUAUCACAAUUGCAAAAAUGUGACCAGUAAUUUCCAUACUGAAGUAUUGGUUCUUGAUGCAGUGACUUCAUUGUCUGAUAGACGCCAAGACUUGAAACAGUUGCCAGUAGUAAGCCCAUGUAUGGGCAGCCAUGAAUAUCAAAAAACUUUAAUCAAUUCAAAUACUAGGUUUGUCCCUUUAGGUUCUAAAGCCGAUGAACAAGUGCUGCAGCUUCCAGAAUUCAAAAUGCAUCAGUCAGAAGAGAAUUUAAGUCAGUUAACACGUAAUGCUGCAACUUUAGGAAAUGAAUGGGAUAAUAUGGCAGAAAUUAUGGAACAGUCUCAUGGUACGCAUUCUCUGCCAUCUAGUAGGCAACCAAUUAAAGAUAAGUUAGUAGUUUUUCCUAGCAGCAGUAAUGAAAAAAUGAGUGCUAAGCCAAAGAAAGAGAUGGAAAAAUCAAAAAUCCAAAGUUAUUUGAUGCAGCAUCAAGAAUCUAUCCUUCAGCUACAGAAGGCUGGCUUGGUUAGAAAACACACCAAAGAAUUGGAAAGGCUAAUGUUUUUAACAUCUCCAAAUAGCCAAAACUUUGAAAAAAGGAAAAACAUAUUUGCAGACAGCGAUUCCUUGGAUUUGACUGUGCAUGAGCCCACGGUAGACAUUCAGGAUCUUACACAGUCUUACGAAGAUAUGGAGAACAGUGUGUUGUCUGAGCCUAGCUAUUAUGAGUUUAAUUUUAUGAAUGGCUUAUGCCAGAAAACAUCCACACCUUAUAUAAAUAAUAGAAAUCGAUCAGGAUAUCUCACUAAGGAUCGCUUGCAGCAAAUCUGUGCAACACUGAUACCGUCUCCUUUAACUUCAAGCUUGACUCGUAGCUCCAGCAGUGAUAGCCUUCACAGUAUUCAAGGACAACCUGGUUUGGUUGAACUACGGAGACAGGAAAUCGAAGCCAGGAUGCGUCAGGCAGGACUGACCAUUUGUUCAGAAAUGAAGCGAUCUCAUUCUAUUGCCAAACUUGCAAGCCUGACCAUGCCUAAUGAGGAUCUGUCAUCCAAGGAGAAAGAAGCUGAAACUUUUAUAGGUUCAAGUAACAUUAAAUUGGACGAGAGUUUAUUGUUGCCUAAUAUUGUUGAAAAAAUGAAGUGGAAAAGCAGUCGUUGUGAGGAAAUGGGUAUGCAACCAGAACAAACUUCAAUCAUGGAGCCACUAAAAUCAAUUGAGACUUCCAGUUCUAUAUUGGAACAUAAAACUCUGCCUUAUAUUCAGCGCACUAAUCAAGUUGAACACUCUUGCCAGAUGUUUUCUCCUACAAAAUACAGUAUUAGCGAUCCAGAGGUUACACAGCAAUUUGAAGACUUUACUUCUGUUCCUUCAUCUGGACUAAGCCAAUUCCAUAUUCGGAGUGCCAAUGAACUUUGUCCUUUGGCUUCUAAGGAACAGAAUGUAUGAAUUCAUCCUAUCUGGAAGCCCGGAAAGGCAUGUGAGAGAAAGAGAACUAACAACUUACUCUAUAACACAUGUGAUGACUUGGCAAAAAGAAUACAUUCCAAUCUUCCUUUUAAACACAAGAACUUUAAACCAAAAAUUCUCAUCUGUUAUCUGAUCUCUAACAGCUCAGAAAAUUAUUCAAAAACAACCACUUUGGAAAGUAUAGUAAUAGGCUGAAUAUUUUGUUCUUUUUAGACUGAAUCUAGAAUUUUUGAAGUUGUAUUUUCACUUUUGAAAUUAAAUUUCACACUUUGUAACAUUGAACAGACCAAGAUGUUUUUAAAUAAGUCAAUUCAAAGUACAAGUUCAGUUAGACCUAUUGAAUUUUGGAAGAUGGUCAUGAAAUUAGAAUGUUACUUGAAGCCUAGACCCCAAAAAUCUAUGAUUUGUUACAUUCUCCAAACCAACAGAAAUCUGAACUAGAAAAUCACAUGUAUUAAGAAGCAGUUUCAUAGCUGCAGUGUCUUGUCUCCAAAUCUUACAUUUUUUGCACCUUUUUUUAAAAUAAAUGUUCUUUAUCCUUGGGGGACAAUAAAUCAUCAUUAUGCUGUUACUUGCAAGUUCCAUUGAUGUAGAGGUCAAAAUGGAACUCAUGCUAUAAGCUUGGCAAUGAUUCCUUCUGUCCAGACAAUGAGAAAUUGAGAUAUGCUUCUUUUUUUGGACCUACUCUAAAUAUUUUCUUCCAUACUUGCCUUAAGCUAAAGUAAUGAAGACAGUAUACUUUCAAAUACACACUUCAAAUCGUGACAAUUGUGCAAUUUGUGACUAGCUCUUUUUAUUUAAAAACAAAGUUAAGAAAGAUCUAUUUUUCAGAUCUAUUCAUGUUUACUGACUUUGAUCUAAGAAAAUAAGCUACAUUAAUCCAACCUAUAUAUAAAAACUAUCAGCGUAUGACAGCAGCAUCUAUAGCUAUCUGCAGUACUUGUAUGGGCAAUGCUGUUAUUGUUUGCAAGCCAGUCCCUAAGCUAUUGAAUUCAAGGAGGCAUUUGAGUUUUUUCUUUCUUACUUUAAGACCAGAAUCUGUGACAAGUACUUUAGGUAAUAUAGCCUUCAAGCAACUUUUCCAUUAAAAGGAGGGCUAUUAACAUGAUUUUUAAUCAAUUCAGUAGCGAUAAUAAAAAUAUAAUUGUUAAAUAUUUCCAGUUAGAGCUUCCAUUGUAACUCUUGUGUAUUCAACCUUAGAAUGUUUUAAUUUUGCCUUUGUAGAGUUGAUUUGCCCAUUAAUCUAACCAAAACAAUGGAAAUAUCCAAUGCCCUCAUACGCUUAAGUACAUGUUCUGUCCAAUUUUUUUUUCUCUGUGACUUGAAUUCCUGUUUUCUUUUAAUUCCUUUCUUUCUAGAACUUUUCUCAUCUAAGAAAAACAAUUUGGGGAAUUAAAAAGAUGAAAGUACUACCAAUUCACAUUUCUGGUUAAAAGUGAGACAUUUAGAAUAUGUGAAACUCUUUGAAUGUGAUUCUAACUUUCAGUCAUAAUUUUCAUUGUCAUGUGAUGACAUAAAUUGGCAUUCUAGUCCAUGCAUAUAAUAGUUAACUGUCUUGCACAUGCGAAACUUGACUGUUUUCUUAUAAGUUCAUAUAUGUACUAAGUUAUCAUGGACAGGUUAUUGUGAGGAAUGUUUUAAGUUCUUCAUUAGAAGCUAUGCUAUAAUUUAUUUUUAAUGAAAACAGUACUUAAAAAUAUUUAUAUUUCAUUUGUAAAGAUGUACUUCAGUGCCUUUCAUAUUGUGAAUACUGUAUGUGUAAUGCUUAUUGAGAGAAGAAAGAGCAUGAUAUUACAGAUGUGUCCAGAGACAAAUGUGGAAUAUUGUUGAAUAAUGUCUCCAACAAACUGUUCAAAAUUCACAUACAAAAAUAUUCGGUUUAUAGUAUAGUUUUCUUUUCAAGGGAGGUCCAAUUUUGUGAUUUAAAAAGGAAGUAACAUUUUACUGUUAGCCUUGCAUGUUAGUUGUAUGCAUAUUGCACUUUUUUUACAUUUGUUAACAUGAACUGUGCAAGUGUAUGUUGAAAAUAAAUGGACUUUUUCUCAUUA